AUGGCCGCUGCGCAAGAAAAGGCCAUAUAUACUCAUGGCCACCAUGCCAGCGUAGUAAACAGCCACGCAAGGCGCACCGCACAGGAUAGUGCCGCCUUCCUCCUUCCACGCCUGAAACCACAUUACACCAUCCUAGAUAUUGGCUGCGGCCCAGGCACGAUCACCGCGGACCUCGCCGAGCUCGUGCCAGAGGGUAAAGUGGUCGGAGUUGAUGCCGUCGAGGCAGUGCUAGAGCGAGCGCGGGAACACGUGGCAGGUCGUAGCAAUAUCACGAACUGCACCUUUGAGGUCGCGGAUGCCAAUGCCCUCCCCUACCCGGACGAUUCCUUCGAUGUCGUGUUCUGCCACCAGGUCCUGCAGCAUGUCCAGGACCCUGUGGGGAUCCUCAGGGAGAUGAAGCGUGUUGCCAAGCCUGGCGGUAUCGUUGCUGCCCGGGAGGCUGACUACAAGAGCUUUGCGUGGUUCCCUGAGCCGGAGGGCUUGGAUGAGUGGUUGGAUGCUUAUCGGAAGACGGCCAGGCUUUGUGGAGGACAGCCUGACGCUGGGCGUUAUGUCCGACAGUGGGCGAAGCAGGCUGGAUGCGAGACAGACGAAGAGCACAUGUGGAGUGGAUUUAGCUCUUGGUAUUACACCGGGGAGGCAGCUAAGGCUUUUGGUGAGAGCUGGACGGACCGUGCCUUGAAAUCGGAUUUCGCCAAGGAGUUCUUGAGGCAUGGGCUUGGCUCACAAGAAGAUUUGGAUAGGAUCAGUGCCACCUGGAAACAGUGGGCAUCCGAGGAGGAUAACUUCAUCGUGAUACCAAACGGUGAAAUUCUGUACAGGGUCCCUGCCUAG